GACUUGUUUGCACUGGGCAUGCAAACGGAACCAUGCUCGAGUGGUGGCUUACCUGCUGCACGCCGGUGCUGACAAGGAGAUCCUCACGAAGAAAGGAGAAAGACCGGCCCAAUUAACGUCAAAAAGAGAGAUAAGGAAGAUGUUGGGAGUGGAAGAUGAUGAACUCCCAGACUUAAAGAAAGAUUCCGAUCUGCCAAUCAUCCCUAAUUAUCUGGCUAACCCACCUUUCCCUUAUGUUUAUAACACCACGAGUAACAGUAUUCCAGACCCCUCCGUGAAUGGGAGUCUCUCGCACUUAGAACCACAAGCUACCGACUCCUCUUCCUUACCUGAUGUGGAGACUUACAGAUGUGCACCGUUACGGCAUGGGAACCCUGCUCCCGAGGCGUGUGACAAUGGAGACACACCGUCACUGCCCAGAGGGUGCACUCUGCCACCACACUCAAGAUCGGUCCUUCAGAGAGGUCCAGUUUACCAGGGAUCUGUGUCUUGGAGCAGAAGUCCUCCUUCGCCAGCUGGAUCAAAUCAGUCUGUACCUCAGCAAGAGAAUGGCUCCUGUAUGGGGCCUGUGCCAGCAUUUCAGCCGGUUUUCUUCACAGGAGCUUUUCCACUUAAUAUGCAAGAACUGGUGCUUAAAGUUAGAAUACAAAACCCUAAUCUUAGAGAAAAUGACUUCAUUGAAAUUGAACUGGACAGACAAGAACUGACCUAUAAGGAACUGCUACGAGUGAGUUGCCAUGAGCUGGGUGUUAACCCGGAGCAUGUACAGAAGAUCAGAAAAUUACCAAAUACAAUGUUAAGAAAGGACAAAGAUGUUGCAAGGCUACAGGAUUUCCAAGAGCUGGAGCUUGUCCUAACAGUAAGCGACAAAAACUUACUUUUCAGAGUCCCAACACUUUCUGAACGGAGUGGUUAUAACAAGAAGGCAUCAGAACUUACAUAUUAAUUGUUUAAAAAAUAAAAUAUUUGUAUCUGUCAUUUUAAAAUUACGUUUGAAAUACAGUAUCUAUAAGGGCUAAUGAUGUGAAAAAAAAAAUCUAUUUUGUUAACCUUGAAAUAAACUAAAGUUGUUAUGCA